AUGCUUGACAAAUAGAAGAGUGGUAGAAUAGCAAUAGAGGGUCAGCAGUCAAGGUAUUAACAAACUACUGUUAAUAGAAAGGCACUAACCUCUUGUAUAUCAACUUUGAUAGCAAAUGAGUUAAUCUCUGUUAUCUUAAGCUAUGCAGUUAAUUCGUUUUGGAGUGUUGAAGUAACUUAUCUAUUUCAAUGGUUUGUAAAUCCUCUAAUGUCGUCAUUAAUAAUAAUUACAAAGCACUUUAAUUCAUUGUUCGCAUCGUGUAAAGUGAACAAUUGCCAUGAGCAGAGAAAGCAGUAGUUUUAAAAUAGUAUUUGCUCGUCACGGCGAGAGUGAGUGGACGAAGAAAAAUUGGUUUUGUGGUUGGUACGAUGCUCCUCUGAGUGAAAAGGGCGUGGAAGAAGCUCACGCGUCCGGAAGAGUUCUGAAGGAAGGUGGGUACACUUUUGAUAUUGCCUUCACGUCUGUGCUCACUCGAGCACGUCACACGUUAGACAUCAUUUUGGGUGAUAUCGGCCAACCCGACUUACCUGUGGUAGCUGACUGGAGACUCAAUGAACGACACUACGGAGAAUUGACCGGCUACAACAAAGAGGAGAUGGCGGCAAAGUACGGCUUGGAUCAGCUUCAGAUAUGGCGUAGGAAGUUCAACGUUUUACCACCUCCGAUGGAUGAAAACCACAAAUAUUACAGCACCAUCAUCAACGACCCAGUGCUGAAAAGUCAACCUGGAAUAGAAUUUCCGAGCGUGGAAUCCCUUGAGACAACAAUGGCCCGGUCUAUACCUUUCUGGAACGAGAGAGUCGUACCCGAAAUACUGAGUGGAAAACGGGUUCUGUUGGUCACCCACGGGACUACCCUCCGAGGACUCGUGAAACAUUUGGAUGGUCUGAGUGAAGAAGCCAUCAUGAAGCUCAAUGUACCGACAGGGAUGCCGUUUUACUACUUGCUGGACGAUACGCUGAAACCUAUUGUUUCGAUGCAGUUCUUUUCGGACAGAGAGACUGUGGAAAAGGCGACUGCUCUGGUGGCUUCAAUAUCGCACAAAGUUCCUGACUGACCGGUUGGUUUUGAGAUAUGGUUUAUUAAUAAGAUAAGAACUUGAAUGAU